UUGAUCGGCACAAAUCUUGCUUUCAUAAUAAAGACGCAAUUCUGUUGAAAAGCCCCUUGAAUCUGAUGAAUUCAUGCCUCCUUCCGAGAUCUGAUCAAAAGCACUUCACCCACGAGAAUCAAUCUGAUGGACAACCUGUUCCAGCGAAGCCUCGAGGAUCUGAUCAAAGGCUUUCGUCUCCAACUCCUCGGAGACUCAUCUUUCAUCUCCAGAGCCUUAGAAGAACUCCGCCGCGAGAUUAAAGCCACAGAUCUCUCCACUAAAUCCACCGCCCUUCACAAGCUCUCUUACCUCGCCGCCAUCCACGGCGUUGACAUGUCGUGGGCGGCUUUCCACGCCCUCGAAGUCGUCUCCUCUUCUCGAUUCCACCACAAGAGGAUCGGUUAUCAAGCGAUUACUCAAUCGUUUCACGACCAGACACCGGUUCUGCUUCUGAUCACGAACCAGUUGCGGAAGGAUCUGAACAGUGUCAACGAGUACGAGGUUAGUCUAGCUCUGGAGUGUUUGUCUAGGAUUGGAACUCGUGACUUAGCUAGGGAUUUGUCUCCUGAGGUGUUUACUCUCUUGGGUAGUAGCAAGUCUUUCGUCAGGAAGAAAGCGACUGGUGUGGUUUUGAGAGUGUUCGACAAGUAUCCUGACGCUGUUAAGGUGUGUUUCAAGCGUCUUGUCGAGAAUCUUGAAACCUCUGAUCCGCAGAUUCUCUCUGCCGUCGUUGGAGUGUUCUGUGAGCUCGCCAGUAAAGAUCCUACCUCUUGUCUUCCACUAGCUCCUGAGUUCUUUAAGAUACUGGUUGACUCUAGGAACAACUGGGUUCUGAUUAAAGUUAUUAAAAUAUUUUCUAAGUUGGCCUCGGUUGAGCCGAGGUUGGGUAGGAAAGUGGCUGAGCCGAUCUGUGAACAUAUGAAGAGGACUGUUGCGAAAUCUCUGGUUUUUGAGUGUGUUAGGACCGUGGUGAGUAGCUUGAGCGACCACGAAGCAGCUGUGAAACUUGCUGUUGCAAAGAUCAGGGAGUUUCUAGUGGAGGAUGAUCCGAAUCUUAAGUAUCUCGGUCUACAUGCCUUGUCUAUUGCUGCUCCAAAGCACCUGUGGGCGGUUUUGGAGAACAAAGAGGCUGUCGUUAAGGCUCUGAGCGAUGACGAUCCGAACGUUAAACUGGAGGCCUUGCAUCUUUUAAUGGCAAUGGUGACUGAGGAUAACGUGUCGGAGAUCUCCAGGAUUCUUAUGAACUAUGCACUCAAAUCAGACCCUUUGUUCUGCAACGAGAUUAUUAUUUCUGUCUUGUCUGUCUGCUCGAGGAAUGCAUAUGAGAUCAUAGUUGACUUUGAUUGGUAUGUGUCUCUUCUUGGUGAAAUGGCUAGAAUCCCACAUUGUCAAAGAGGAGAAGAGAUUGAGCAUCAGUUGAUUGAUAUUGGCAUGAGGGUCAGAGAUGCUAGACCGCAGCUAGUUCGUGUUUCUUGGGCACUUCUGAUUGAUCCUGCAUUGCUCGGUAACAUGUUCCUGCACCCGAUAUUAUCCGCAGCUUCGUGGGUUUCAGGUGAAUACGUUGAGUUCGCUAAGAAUCCAUAUGAACUCGUGGAGGCGCUUGUACAACCACGCACUGAUCUCUUGCCUCCUUACAUAAGAGCUAUAUACAUACACUCAGUUUUCAAAGUUCUUGUCUUCUGUCUCGGGUCUUACUUCUCCGCCCAGGAAUCUAGUUCCGGCUCUUCAUCAACGGUUUAUGAAUCUAUAUUGAAUUUAGUGAAUGUGAUUGAGAUUGGUGUAUGGCCGUUAUCUGGAGCCUAUGAUGUCGAAGUGCAGGAGAGAGCUAAGAACGUUUUAGGAUUCAUUGGUAUGGCAAAGCAAGAUAUAGCUAAGAAAGUAAACCUUCAAGACAACGAAGCAGAAGCUUGUAGAGUCACAGCAUUCAUGGAAGAUGCGUUCUCAGAAGAGCUCGGCCCCAUUUCUGCAAAUGCACGGGAAAAAGUUUGCGUACCGGAUGGGUUAGAGCUGGAAGAGAAUCUUGGGGACCUGGAAGAGAUCUGUGGGAAAUUUCUUAAACCAGUGGAAUCGGAUUCGGUUUCAUGCACGGACAAGAUCAGCUUCUCUGUCUCCAAGCUCAGAAUCAGAGAUCAACAAGAAGCCUCGUCAUCGACAUCUCUUCCACCUAAAGAAUCUUCAUCUCUGCUAGCUGAACACCGCAAACGGCAUGGCAUGUACUACCUUACUUCUAAAAAGAACGAUCCGGAUAGCAACGGCACACCAAACGAUUAUCCUCCGGCUAAUGACUUAGCAAGCGAAAUAUUGCUGGAUCCAUUGGAUCCAAAGAGAAAGGCAAAACACCGUAAAUCGAGGCCUGUAGUGGUGAAACUGGACGAGGGAGGUGAAUCAAGAAUCACUACUUCCCAAGCGAAAACGAAACAGGAGAGUGUAACUGACGAUGAAUCUCUGUCUCGAGAUAUUCAGAGCGCUCUUCUGGUGAAUAAAAAGGGAAAAGAGAGGGAGAAAUGCGAAGGGAAUUCAAAUCUAGUAGUAGUGCAGGAGGAAGAGACCUCGAGAAUAGAAAAACCGCAGAACUCAGAGAAGAAGAAAAAGAAAAAGAAGAAUGGGGAGAGAACUAGUAGGAAGCAUCGAUCACGACGGCGAAGUGAAGUAGCUUCUUCUUCAGAACAAGUUGAAAUCCCAGAUCUGCUCUUGUGAAUGCGAUAAGUAAUUUGUGUGUUUGUAUGUUUAAAAGUUGAUAUUUCGUUAUCUGUCUCUGUUCUUGCACAAAACCAAGCAAAAGUUGUGUAAUUCUUUUGUGUAUAUCAGUUUAUGUUUUGGUUUCUUGUGUGUUAUUAUUUGUAUUUUUUUUUUCUCAUACAUGAAUUUAAUUUCUGUUUUCUUUUAGCAAUUUUGUAUUCAUCUACCUGUUUAAAAAUAUUUUGUUUUCAA